UACAUCUACUGGAGGAAAAAUACUUUAGAUGCCCAGGAGGAGGAAAGCGAAAUAAUGAGAAGAACCAAUAAUUCUGCUCUCUCACCUGAGUCUCGCAGAACGGGUGUUAGAGCCUCUGCUCACGAUACUCCCACCAAUAGGCACUCUGUCGAGGCGCUUGCGAGUCCUUCUAGACUUACCACUCCUCCUCAGAUGACACCAAGUCCACUGAAUCCUCUGGGGUAUAUGGCAGAUAGAAGGCAAGCAGGGCUCUACAGCAUACCUGAAAGUGACUCUUACGAGGUGCCCGUGUCCUACCAAGAUUUUUCAAGACCUGCCACUUAUGUUCAGACGACUCCAAGUCCACAGAAUCCUCCGUGGUACCCAGCUGAUAGAAGGCAUGCAGGACACUACAGCAUACCUGACGACUCUUAUGAGGUGCCAGUGUUCUACCGAUCUUCUUCAAGACAAGCCAGUCCUUAUUUUCAGGACGAGAGAACAUCAAAUGUAGUCAAUUAUCCACGAUUUCUGGAAGACAGUUUUCCAGCACAACCGCGCAUUCGAGGUACAGGAAUGGGAUUUAACCCCAGGCUCAGAGAAACUCGCCAGCCAUCAGUUCCACCUCGAAGAUACGCACGCCAAUCAGACACACAAGCUCCAACUUCGCUAGAAAAUCCCAGAUCUAGAGCAUUGAGCAAGCUGAAGAAAGAAAUCUACCAACCCACUAUUUCAACUUCAAAAACUCUAGCGAAGAAAUUGAGCUUCUAUUACAGAGACCCUAAAGGUGUGAAUGCGUUAAAGGAGAUCGAGAACACGGAAAAGAACGAGAAGGGAAAGAGUUGUGCGGUGUGCUUAGAGGAUUUCGUGCCGAAACAGGAGGUAAUGGUGACGCCUUGCAAGCACAUGUUUCAUGAGGAUUGUAUAAUGCCAUGGCUGAGAAGCCAAGGUCAGUGUCCAAUCUGUAGAUUUGUGAUCUGCGAAAAAGAGAGGGAGAAUCCAUUGCCGCUGAACGACGACGAUGUUGGCACCAAUUACCUAAUAGCAGGGGAGCUUCUGUCUAUUGCGAGGGCCAUGGAAGAAGCCUUCCUAUUGCGUCCGGAACCUCACUGAUUUGCCGACUUU